AUGGACGGGAGGAGGAUGCCUCUCUGGGGACUCCUGUUGAUACUCUGGAGCUCUUGUGCCUUCAGUCUCCCGACAGACACAGCUGCCUUUGGACGGAUCUUGCUCAAGAAAAUGCCCUCUGUCCGAGAAAUCCUGAAAGAGCGCGGAGUGGACAUGACCAAACUCAGUGCCGAAUGGGGCAAAUUCACCAAGAGGUUCUCCUUUGGCAAUGGCACCUCCCCCGUGAUCCUCACCAACUACUUGGACACCCAGUACUAUGGCGAGAUUGGCAUUGGCACACCACCCCAGACCUUCAAAGUCAUCUUUGACACAGGUUCAGCCAACCUCUGGGUACCCUCCACCAAGUGCAGCCCUCUCUACUCUGCGUGUGAGAUUCACAGCCUCUAUGACUCCUCGGAAUCCUCCAGCUACAUGGAGAAUGGGACCGAAUUCACCAUCCACUAUGGAUCAGGGAAGGUCAAAGGUUUCCUCAGCCAGGACAUAGUGACUGUGGGUGGAAUCAUUGUGACACAGACAUUUGGAGAGGUCACUGAGCUGCCCCUGAUACCCUUCAUGCUGGCCAAGUUUGAUGGGGUUCUGGGCAUGGGCUUCCCUGCUCAGGCCGUAGGUGGGGUGACCCCUGUCUUUGACCACAUUCUGUCCCAGCGGGUGCUGAAGGAGGAAGUCUUCUCUGUCUACUACAGCAGGGACUCCCACCUGCUGGGGGGAGAAGUGGUGUUGGGGGGCAGUGACCCCCAGCAUUACCAAGGCAAUUUUCACUAUGUGAGCGUCAGCAGGACUGGCUCCUGGGAGAUCGCAAUGAAGGGGGUAUCUGUGGGGUCUGCCACCUUGCUGUGUGAGGAGGGCUGCGUGGUAGUUGUGGACACUGGUGCAUCCUAUAUAUCGGGUCCUACGAGCUCCCUGAAGUUGAUCAUGCAAACCCUUGGAGCCAAGGAGAGGAGCACAGAUGAUUAUGUUGUGGACUGUAGCCAGGUACCCAGCCUCCCCGACAUCUCCUUCCACCUGGGAGGCAGAGCCUAUACACUCACCAGUGCAGACUACGUGCUACAGAAUCCCUACAGGAAUGAUGACCAAUGCACGUUGGCUCUCCAUGGCCUAGACAUCCCACCACCCACUGGGCCAGUCUGGGUCCUGGGUGCCAGCUUCAUCCGCAAGUUCUACACAGAGUUUGAUCGGCACAACAAUCGCAUUGGGUUUGCUUUGGCCCGCUAA